AUGGCCAACUUGCUCGUCCCAAUCAUCAUCAUCAUCACCACCAUUCUCGUGCCGGUGCCGAUCGCUGUCGUCGCCGCAUCACCACCAGUGGUGGUGGUGGCGGCCGACGACCGGUCCGCGCUGCUCGCUUUCCUGUCCAACGUCUCGGCCGAUGGCUCCGGCGGCGGACCCCUCGCCGACUGGGGCCGCUCGCCGGAGUUCUGUAACUGGACGGGCGUCGCGUGUGGCCGGCCGGCUGAGGCCGGCGGCGAGCGGCGCGUCACGCAGCUGGUGCUCGCUGGCCGGGGGCUCCGCGGCGUGGUUUCGCCGGUGCUGGCGCGGCUGGAGUUCGUGACGGUUCUUGAUCUUUCGAGCAAUGGUUUCGCCGGCGAGAUCCCCGCGGAGCUCGCCGCGCUGUCGAGGCUGACGCAGCUGAGCCUGGCGAACAACCUCCUCGAGGGCGUCAUCCCCGCCGGGAUCGGGCUUCUUCAGAGGCUCUACUUCCUCGACCUCAGUGGUAACCGCCUCGCCGGAGACAUCCCGGAGACGCUUUUCUGCAACUGCACCGCCUUGCAGUAUAUGGACCUCGCGAACAACUCGCUCGCCGGCGAUAUCCCCUACUCCGGCAAGUGCCGCCUCCCCAGCCUCCGCUACCUCCUCCUCUGGUCGAACGACCUGUCCGGCUCGAUCCCGCCGGCGCUGUCCAACUCCUCCAUGCUCGAGUGGAUCGACUUCGAGUCCAACUACCUCGCCGGCGAGCUGCCGUCGCAGGUGUUCGACAGGUUGCCGCGACUUCAGUACCUCUACCUCUCGUACAACAACCUGUCCAGCCAUGGCGGCAACAACGACCUGAACCCCUUCUUCCGCUCCCUGAGGAACUGCACGCGCCUGCAGGAGCUCGAGCUCGCCGGAAACAACCUCGGCGGGGAGCUCCCGGCGUUCGUCGGCGAGCUCUCGCGCGGAUUCCGGCAAAUCCACCUCGAGGACAACGCCAUCACGGGCUCCAUCCCGCCGAGCAUCGCCGGCCUCGUCAACCUCACCUACCUCAACCUCUCCAACAACCUGCUCAACGGCUCGAUCCCGCCGGAGAUUUCGCGGAUGCGGCGGCUCGAGCGGCUGUACCUCUCCAACAACCUCCUCACCCGCGAGAUCCCCGGGUCGAUCGGCGAGAUGCCGCACCUCGGGCUCGUCGACCUCUCCGGCAACCGGCUCGCCGGUACCAUCCCAGACACGUUCUCCAACCUGACCCAGCUGAGGCGGCUAAUGCUGCACCACAACCAACUCUCCGGCGCCAUUCCGGCGAGCCUCGGUGACUGCCUGAACCUGGAGAUCUUGGACCUCUCCUACAAUGGCUUGCAGGGAAGGAUCCCUCCGUACGUCGCCGCCAUGAGCAGCCUCAAGCUGUACCUGAACCUGUCGAACAACCACCUCGAGGGGCCUCUCCCUCUCGAGCUCAGCAAGAUGGACAUGAUCCUGGCGCUCGACCUGUCGGAGAACGCGCUCGCCGGCGCGAUCCCGGCGCAGCUCGGCGGCUGUGUCGCGCUCGAGUACCUCAACCUCUCCGGCAACACGCUGAGCGGCGCGCUCCCGGCGCCCGUCGCGGCGCUACCGUUCCUGCAGGUGCUCGACGUGUCGCGCAACCAGCUCGCCGGGGAUCUGCCUGCGUCCCUGCAGGUGUCCACGUCGCUCCGGGACGCGAACUUCUCGUACAACAACUUCUCCGGCGUGGUGCCUCACGCCGGCGUUCUCGCGAACCUCUCGGCGGCGGCGUUCCGAGGAAACCCCGCACUCUGCGGGUACGUUCCCGGCAUUGCAGUGUGCGCGUCGGCGAGGCGUGCGCGACACCGGCGCGUGGUGCUCCCCGCCGUCGUUGGCAUCGUCGCCGCGGUGUGCCUCAUGCUAUGCGCGGUCGGGUGCCGGUCGAUGGCGGCGGAGAGAGCCAGGCGGUCGGGGCGGCAGUCGAUCCGGCUCGUCGACGUCGAGGAGCAGGCGGAGAGGGAGCACCCGAGGAUAUCGUACCGGGAGCUCUCCGAGGCCACCGGCGGCUUCGUCCAGUCGAGCCUGAUCGGCGCCGGCAGGUUCGGGCGCGUCUACGAGGGGACGCUCCGCGACGGCACGCGCGUCGCCGUGAAGGUGCUCGACCCGAAGGGCGGCGGCGAGGUCUCCGGCAGCUUCAAGCGGGAGUGCGAGGUGCUCCGGCGGACGCGCCACAAGAACCUCGUGAGGGUGAUCACCACCUGCAGCACGGCCACCUUCCACGCGCUCGUGCUGCCGCUCAUGCCGCACGGCAGCCUCGAGGGCCACCUCUACCCUCCUCGCGGCGGAGACGACAACCCCGCCGGCGGCGGGCUGGACCUCGGCCGGCUCAUGAGCAUCGUGAGCGACGUCGCGGAGGGGCUCGCCUACCUGCACCACUACGCGCCGGUCAGGGUGGUGCACUGCGACCUAAAGCCGAGCAACGUCCUCCUCGACGACGACAUGCGCGCCGUGAUCUCCGACUUCGGCAUCGCCAAGAUCAUCUCCGGCGCCGGCGCCGGCGCCGCCGCCGGAGACGGCGCCAGCAGCACGAGCGACGAGUCCGCGCCCUGCAACUCCAUCACCGGACUCUUGCAAGGCUCCGUUGGAUACAUCGCACCUGAGUAUGGAUUAGGAGGGCAUCCAUCUCCGCAGGGCGACGUGUACAGCUUCGGCGUGAUGACCCUCGAGCUGAUCACCGGCAAGAGGCCGACGGACGUCAUUUUCCACGAGGGCCUCACGCUGCACGACUGGGUCAGGCGCCACUACCCGCACGACGUCGCCGCCGUCGUCGCGCACGCGCCGUGGCGGGCGGCGGCGGCCGACGACGACGGCGACGUGGCGGUCGUCGAGCUCAUCGAGCUCGGGCUCGUGUGCACGCAGCACUCGCCGGCGCUGCGGCCGGACAUGGUGGACGUCUGCCACGAGAUCACAUUGCUCAUGGAAGAUCGCAACAGGCACGCCGCCGCCGCCGCCGCCGCUGACGAAGACGACGACGGCCGGUCGUUGUCCACGACCAAGGACUCGCUGUUCUCCAAUUAACUAACACCUAAUUAACC